AUGGCGCCAUCACCAGAGCCGCGCACCUCUACUGGUGCGUCAAAGAGCCUCGACGACAAUAGCGCCGGCAGCGGCAGCACCAGGCGAUUUUGCUGGGAAUGUCAGCGCCGGGGCUUGGUCUGCGAUUCUAAACGUCCCGUAUGCUCCAGGUGUAAGCUUAGCGGCAUAGUGUGCCCUGGGUAUGAGAAUGUGAAGCCUUUGACCUGGGUGGCCCCUAAUCAGGUCACGACGCGGACAUGGAGGGGCGGACGAAAACCGAAAACUGAUAAAAUCGACAUCGCCAAGAAGGGUUUGAAAGGCAGCGGCAAAAAAAAGGCGAUACCGAAAAUUCCAGAAGAAGAAGGCCGCCGAGUACAGCUCAUCCAUGUAUUCCCCGGACAAGAGCUCCGGACGGAAACAUGCGACAUUGCUGAGGCUUCACUUUAUUGGAACGAACAGGUUUACCCAUACUUCUACGAGAACCAGCUCACUAAGAGCCCGUGGGUUGUACCAAUUUCCCACAUCCACGCUAUGAAACCAUACCGACGGCAUGGCCUAGUCACUAUGGCAAUCGAGCACCGGAUGUCACGCCUAUCGCCUGCAAGGAAUGACGCUUACGCAAUUGAGGUCAGAGCUAGGGCCUAUCAGCAUCGUCUUACAGCGAUCCAGGCUUUAAAUAAGGACAUCGAGAACGAGAGUACGCGAUGCUCUGAUGCAACUCUGGCUGGCGUAAUCGUCUUCCUUUUCGGUGAUCUUAUGGGGAGUGCAACAGAGCCUAACUGGCGUGUCCACUUGAAUGGGUUUGCUGCGUUGAUUGCUAUGCGUGGCGGUUGGGAUGCGUUCUGCCAAAAGUCGCCGCAUCUCAAGUCCCUAGUGUUAUUCUGUAAAGUCAUCGAGAAUCUCGCCAAUACAACUAGCCCCGCCCACGAUCAAUUAUCGCCAGUCGCAAACUUCAAGAUACGGAAUGUAGUAAGGGAUGUAUUCUCGAUUGGAUAUUAUCCCCAGCUUCCAUGUCCAGUCGACUUACUCAUCGACAUCAUUCACAUCAACCGCCUUCGCUUCCAAGCAACGUGCAUUCAGUCUGGAGGACCUCUCACCUCGAUCAGGAUUGAAGCAGAGCGUCUUUUAGAUAAGAUUUUGGACUAUUCACCUGAAGUUUGGUCUAGUAGCGCGGAACCUUUAGCAGAUGGACACCUCUUAAUGGCCAAGACCUAUCGGUCAGCCGUGGCACUGUUCGGUGUUUCCUCUCUACAAAGUGUGAAGGUCAUUCCUUUCUCGAAAGAUUGGAUGACCGUCAAGGAAACCCAUCGUGACAGGCUGUUUUCUUUUCUCAAAGCCUCGCUUGCCUCUUCAGCCUUGAAGAUCUGCACCACAUGGCCAAUGGUUGUAGCCGGGUUCGAGGCGAAGAGUGGAAACCUGUCCAUGCGGAGCUUCGUUCUGGGGCGUAUGAAGGAAGACAGUCAGAGGAUGGGAAUCUAUCUUCCAGUCGCAGCUAAAGAGGUCCUAGAGAGAUUUUAUGCCUCUGCAGGAAACACCUGGGACGAUUGUUUCGACAGUCCUCAUGCGUUGUUCACGUAG